AUGGCUAAUGCUGAAAUUCUGACUAUGUAUAUCAAAAAAUUAAGCCACCCCUUGAAAGAAAUACGUGAAAGAUCUCUAUUAUUGCUGUUAGCAAAGUUGAAAUUAGGUUGGGAGUUGGAGGAUGAGUUGUCGGGUACUAGAGAGUUAUUAGAAAGUCUUCUGGCAUGGUUCCAGACUCCACAACAAUCCCUACAGCGCGAGGCUUUGGAAUUACUACUUACGACUAUCAAGACAAAAGCUGGCACCUACAUUGCUAAGGAGUUUGGAAUAGAUACUAUUUUAAAUAACUUGAACAAAGUCCGUCAUAGGAUCUCUAUUGAUGCCCUAGAACUGUAUGAUGAUGUUAUUGAUACCCUGAGAUUUAUUAAUACAGUUGAAUCUGAUGUUAAUGUGGAUAUCCCUCGUUUGACUCUCCCUGAUAUCACCAGUUCCGAAAGCGAUGGAGGAUCGAGCAGUGGUUAUUACAAUUUGGAGCCUAAUAUUCACUCUUCUAAGACUACAUCCAUUUCCAAUGAUGACUCUGAUUUCAAUAGAUACAGGAACUUACAUACCACAGAGUGUGUCAGAGUACUGCUAUUCCCUUGGGUGGAGCUGAGCCAAUCUGACAAGAAAACAUUGCUAUUGGUGGAGGAUGCCCUUAGACUAUUGAAGUCCACAAGACGAUGCUGCAGAUUCAUUCGCGAUGUCUUCCUGCGCGAUUUCUAUGCUGAAGUAUUCUUAAAUAGACCAGAGAUCAUAAAGAGUUUAUUAACAAUAGCAGACGGUAAUCACGGCGGGCGACCUGGCGAAGCUCUUUGCGUCUUACUAUACAUAACUAAAGCCCUGCGCGUACGCCUGCUACAGUUGUCCUCUUUGGACUUGAUACAUGAAGCUAACAAGGUUUCAGAAGACCACAGAGAUUUGAUAGACGAAGGUGUAAAUCUAGAAUUGGAGGAGAUAGCUGGCGAGCCACACCCACGCACUCCUGCUGAAGAAGAUGGGCUUGUGUUACUGCGACAACUGCCUGCCCCCUUGUAUGCUCUGGACACGUUACACGCAGUCCUCACUAUUAUGGCUAGAAGCGUCGUGUUAGCUGACCCAGUUGAUAAAACUGAGUUUCUGAAUAUUAGAGAAUUAAACACGUGUCUUUGCCUAAUAGAAAGUCUAGUCGAGUUGUUACUCGACUGCAUUAACGACAGCUUUUGGAUAAUGGACCAUAAUGCCAAGACUUAUAGGGAUAUAUCGCAUAAAAGUUGCAUGGCAAUGCGCUUGAUGGGAGAUCUACUGAAUAAAUACAGAAAAUCAUUCUUCGAUGACCUCGACCGUAGUCACCAUCGCGUGGCGUGGUUGCGUCUGACAUUUUGUGCAGAGAAACUAUUACACUGGGCACGAGACUCUGCUUUGCCACCGACGUCCCUUGUAAAUGCUUUACAAGUAGCCCAACUCGAUCCUGGCGUUGAACUGUUUUACCCGACAUUAAGUAAGAAGAUUGAAUUGGUGUUACAGAGUACUAAAAUAACUAUAAAUCAAGAAUAUAAAAGCAAAUAUAGGGAACUAAAGAAAUUAUUCUCCAGCAUGGAUGGUGCUGCCCAGUUUAUGAACAAUAAGAAACUACAUAAAUCCAAGAAAGUCCUGGCGUGCAUAAAGAGUUCUAUCCCUAUACUAGAGCUUUUUCAAAGUGAACAUCUUUUGGUUGAUAUAGCAGAUAUUUUGGUGAAAAAAGCGAAAGAUUUGGAGUUUAAUGAUAGCGAUUGGUCUGUCGCUCGGAGUAUUGCCUUGUCUUUGAUGGGUCACAGUGUGGAUUGGGUGCAAAUUACAUUUUACAAGUCAUUAGCUGAGAUGGUGAAAUCUGUUUUGGUUGGAGACGAAAACGAGACAUCUCUGACUUUAUUGUGUGAUGUUGGUGUACUGACGGAGAUUUGUUGUCAUGGACUGUCUUCUAAAUUUAAAGAGGUAGAAGAGAGUUCUUCAGAUAUAAUGUUAUAUUUACUACGUGGACGGCUGGUCCUCAGUGAGGGGUGUUGGUGGCGACUACUGGCUAGUUUGCUGCCAGUACUACCGUUGUUACAUGUUUAUGCUGCUCAUGACACUCCAUUAGGAAAAGCAAUUUGUAAAUCGCUUGAGCGCGACAUAGCGGAUUGUUUAGGCGUAUCUGCGUCCGAAGUGAUGGCUGGCUUGGUUCGUCUUUUGUUCGUACGAUGCGUCGCUGUACAACUUGAUGCAGCGCACACCUUAUGUCGACUAUUAGAUGAUGAACGCUAUUUGCCACCCAAAGAUUCGUUGCGAGCUGAUGUUUUAUUGAGCGCAUUACGUAGAGUUAAACGGCAGGAGUUCAAUAUAGACUACGAAAGUUCACCAACUAAGGUGCCCCAGACAACAGGGUUGACCCAAAUCCUGGACGUGUUAAAACAAGACAUUGUUCUCGACGACGAAGGGCACUACAUAUCUCGCAACACGAUGCAACCUUCCCUCGAACCCUCAUUGCGACGUAGCACGUUGCAGCAACUCGCUGUUAUAGUGCGACAGCAGAAUAUACACGAUGUCUUCUUGCAAUACGAUGGUGUUAAUAUUAUUGUAGCUACUUUAAGAAUGUCACUGAUGGUGGACGAUUAUCUAGCAUUUCCGGAGUGUGCAAUCAGUUGCGUGUCCAUACUGAACAGCGUAUGUUUCGCCAGUAGACACAACUUGGCAAAGAUACCGGAUUUACCUGCGCUUUUGCUCAGAGUGAUUCUCGUAUUCCCUGCAAAUGAUUCAUCAGUGCUAAUGGCGGCCCAAGUCUUGGCUAUCACAGCGUGGGCAGGCUUCGCUCUACAGGAGUUGGAUGCAUCAAGGCACCGCAUACCAGCAUUACCGCUCAAUGUGACACAGAGAACCUCGCUACCGUUCGAAGCUAAUAGCUAUUGGAAUACCAGCCCUAAUGCUGAACACUCAAGUGUUGAAUGGCUGCUUGCUGAUGAAGAGUGGAGAACAGCAGUACGAGUUCGUUGGUGGUACACCAAUUCUGGUCGGGCUAGACUUCUGACAGAGCCACCACCUUCUGCCCCAUUGUCCCUUCGACCUACGACCCGUGACCUAGCAACCUUGAGAGCAUCUUGCCCUAUUUUCAGUAGCACUAGAGCAUUGCUAGCUUUACAGAAUGCUACUACGCAUAGGCAAGUCACAGAAGCGCUGCAUUUAUUAGAAAGCUACGUGUAUUUAGUUGCAUCAUCGGGUGUCAACAAGAAGGAGUAUAGCUCGUUACCAUGGCAACAUAUGCGACGGUUCUUAGAUGCACCUCCUGCCUCAUCCCGCGACACCUCACUGCUUUGUUCUCUAUUGCACUUCGUUAUAGCAUACAUGGAUAAUGUACCGAAGUCUGAUGGCACAAUGUCUUGGAUAAAAUCGUCGUUUAUUGGCAAUGAAGCGCAUAUAAUUUCUCUCUUGAGUAGAGAACAGUUGUAUCCACAGCAAACUGCGCAGGAGUGCAUUGAAGUCACACAGUUACACAUACACAUUGUCAAAGUUUUGCUACGAUGUGUCAUGAUGCUUGAAACCUGGGACGAUUAUGAUACACAUAAGUUGGAGAGUUUAUUGAAAAUUCUACUAGCCUGCUUGGACAGAAUUGAUUUGAAAAAUUUUCAUAUGCUUGGUUACCUGAACGAACUAAUGCGUUGCAUACGAUACGCUGUAAAUUCUCGCUACUGUAAACUGUCAGAAGAUACUCUGAUUCAAUGCUUGGCAGUAGUUGCAAAGACGUUGAGUGGAUGUGCCUCGGGCGGGGGCUGUAAGGGACAAGCUUGCAGACUGGAUGCUACCUUAUCUUUACUGGCAUUGUUGAGGCAAAUACAUGAAGAAGCUAUACCUGUGCAGAGAUGGAGUGAGGUCUUCAACAGUGAUGUAGUUCGCACUGUAGUGAAAAGUGUUAGUGGUACACGCCCACAGCUACGAGCGGCCGCGCUACACGUGGUAGUUGCGCUUGCGCACUACACACAACUUAUGCCACAUUUAAUGCAAGCAAUACAAGAGCCGUCUUUAUCCCAGUUUGCUGCGAAUAUAUUUGCUCAGCGCGGUGAAGCGAAUUCUGUGCGAGCUGCGGCGGCUGCCCUUCUUGCUUCCAUUGCGGCGAGAGCUUCGCCACGAUCCGAUGUGUUGGAGUCCGAUGUGCUAGAACAAUUGGAAGAAAAUAACUUCGUAGAGAAUAGUUUAGAAAUUCUCGUAGAUUUCUGCAACGCCAAAGAUUACAAACAGUCGUUCGAAGGGAAUGUAUCAUUAAGUUUGUUGGAGCGUCGUUCAGAAUUGGAGGUUCGGGCUCAAAAAUGUGGGGACGAACAUGUGUCGGCUUCUCCGGUUACGAACAAGCGGCAUCCGCCUCCUACUGCUGCGUUAGUGAUGGCUCUAGCUGAUGCACUGCACAAUAUCAGCGCUUUCCCACACUGCCCCGUCCAAGCGUGGAAUGAGCGAGGACUCUACAGACUGAUGUUCAGAUGCGCUUCCUGGUCUGUAGAUAACCAAGCUGAGACGUACGAAGUCCGUGCCGCAACGUGUCGCGCGCUUCUAGCCGUGACAGCGCACAAAUGCGUUCGAUUAUCCCUCGCCGCCACUAAGGACUGUCUACACAACUUGCUAAUGACAUUAAUGCCAUUCGGGGACGAUGAAAAGGAAGAGAUUUUUAUGGAGGCGCGUGCGCAAGCCAUGUCGCUGCUCGCGUCGUUGCUUGCAGAGAAGGCAGCCAUCGACACCGUGUGGCAAGCAGUCAAAGAUAUGCAUUCGAUAGACUUAUUCCAUCUACUUCUGCAGAGCUUGGAAAGCGAUGAGAUUGAAUUACAAGACGCAGCCUUAUACUGCCUCACGCAACUAGCUCAAUCCAUGUCACAGAAGAGAAAUGUAGAUAAAACAAAAGACGAGACGUGUGCGGAGUUCUAUGACAAUCUCAAAUCUCCACAUUGGGACGGAGUGCAGAUUGCCAAGUGCGGCGGUGGUGAUAGCGCACGAAGUAACGACUGCCAACCCGAGUACUUGGCCGAAGAAAUAGUGAAAGCCCUGAUUAAUAUGUACAAGAAAUUGUCGACGGAAAAUAAGAAACCUGAGUCUAGUGAAGAUGAACGCUGGAUCCGCGUAUGUUCAUGCUUAGCAUCCGUCCUAUCGGUAAGCGAUCGUAGUCGUCAAUAUGCGGUGCACCGUCAUCUGCCUCGAGUACUGCUUACGACCUUGCAGGCUGUCAGGGAUCAUCUCUCCAUGCAUGGGAAACCAGCAGAUGUCAUUAAAACUGCUAACAAUAAUCCAGUGCUGAGUACAUUGUACUGGCUCCUGCUGGUAAUGGACUGCUUAAUGCUGGAGUGUCCCUCGGCUAAAGAGAGCUUCGCCGACGACAACCUGACAGUGUCCCUCUGCAGACUGUGGCCCUGGUGCAUGAUGACUGAACAGCUACGACUGGCCGUCAUGCAUCUCCUAUACACGUUCACUAACAAUUGUCCUAAAGCAUGGGGCUGUAUGUGCGCGUGUGUGGGGGGGCGUAGCUUAGUUUCGGAGGUAUGCGCGCUAUGUACGCGCGAGGCUCAGUUGGCGGCCCGCACCCGCGCCCCCAGCCUGCUGUUGCUGGCGCUGCAGGCCUUGCGCCGCCUACUGCCGCAUCAUCACUGCAGGACUAUACUGCUCAAGAGCGAGGUACUGUCAAGUAUGUACCGACUGUGUAUCCGUGAAAGAGUACGUGGUGUGGGUGUGGGCGGGGCUUGCUGGGUGCGGCUGUGUGAGCAGACGGCGCGCUCGGCAGAGGGCGCUGCCGCAGUGCUGGCUCUGCCUGCGGGCGCCGCGCCGCUGUCCGCGCUGCCCGCGACUGUACGCGCCGGACUCAUGCCCGCUAUCGCUCACGCCGCCCACCACCAGCGUAUCACGUUUCUACAAUCGCCGGACCUAUUGGAACUGCUCUCUGGGACUUUACUGGCCGGGGACACGGCGGAGGUCGUUUCAGCCUCACGAGCUGUUUGGGCUUUAGCUGCUAAUAACCACAAGGCAAAGCUGGUACUUCGGAGUGCAGGGGUCGCUUCAGCAGUGCAAACUGCCUUGCAGCGGCUGCAGCGCUGUUCCCGAGAAGCUGACGUACAGCGCGCCCUGCAACUACUCACAUACACCAACACUGUCCUACAGACCACGUGACAAAACUAAUAUUUUUUAAAUUAUUAUGACAUGUUCGAAUUGAUAGGUAUAUGCCUUGUAAUACCGACUCUAGUCCAGUAAUACUAAGGUAUAUUUUUCAAUGAGAUAAAAGACUAAAUUGUAAUAUUGCAUUUUUUCCUAUCUUAAUUUUAGAUUUAAAUUUAUUGUUACGAAAAUAUUCUUUU